AUGAAGGGCCUUUUGCUCGCCGCCCUCCUCUGGCUUCCCUUUUCUCAGGCCUCCACGUCUCCCCAGGACCAGCUUGCGCGUCUUGCGGCUGCAAACAAUGGCGUUAUCAAGCUCAAUGCUGAAUUAUUCGACCAAUUGACAUCUCCAAAGCGUACCUGGUCGGCAUCCAUUCAAUUGACUGCUUUGGACCCACGGCGCAAGUGUAACCCUUGCAAAGCGUUCGAUCCCUCUUGGCAUGCAGUAGCUAAAGCCUGGAGCCAAGCGCCUGCUCAACAGCGAAACGACCACUUCUUUGGUACUCUUGACUUUGACGAUGGAAGCGUCGUAUUCCAGAAGCUCGGAGUUUCCUCUGCACCCAUAGUUUUCAACUACCCUCCAACUGAAGGUAAUAGGAAACCAGCGAGUGGAAAGACUGCUCCUAUCAAAUACGAUUUCUCUGAAGGCUUUGAUCCUGCACCUCUUGCUGAAUUCCUCUCCAAACACACACCGAUUUCCAUUCCUUACAGAGCUCCUGUUGACUGGGCUCGUUGGACGACCGUCGCUAUUGGUGUCCUGGGUGCUGCUCUUGUUCUCCGUUUCAUCAUGCCUAUUGUCAGGAGCAGAUGGUCCUGGGCAGCCGUAAUUGUCAUCACCUCCCUCGUCAUGACCUCAGGCUACAUGUUCACUCGCAUUCGCAAUGUGCCUUACAAUGGCGGUGACGGUCACUGGAUUGCGGCGGGUUACCAAAACCAAUACGGUCAAGAAGUACAGGUCGUAUCCUUCGUUUACGGCUUACUCUCCUUUGCCUUCCUAAUGUUGAUCAUGGCUGUUCCUUACCAACCGUCCCCCCAGAGACAACGCAUGCAAGUAUACCUUUGGACAGGCGUCAUCUUGAUCGUCUAUUCUGUUCUUGUCUCUCUCUUCAGGGUAAAACACCGAGCAUAUCCCUUCAAACUCUUCCUAUAG